CGCUUGCCUGCCACCCGCCAACACCGCGGGACUUGGCUUUGAGCCCGCCAGGCAAGACGAUGAGGGUUGGCAGUUCCACAUGUAGGAUUUCGGGGGUUACCAAGACACUGGUGCUUCUGCCUCAAAUAACUUCACUCCCAGAUCCCGUUCCCUUACUCUCAAUGCCUUUUGUUUGACCGUCUUCAACCAAGCUCGUUCCUCUUUAACAGUCACUCGUUAGACUCCAUUGUGCCUUCUACUGCAUUUUAAUUUCUCUUCCUUUUCUACGGUCAACAGCAUGAAGCUCAUUGUUCUCUCUGCGCUCGGCGCAGCCAUCAGCCCAGUAUUUGCCAGCGUCGUCGCUCGCCAGGCCACCUCCAAGGGAAAGCUUCCUGCGGUCGAAGUCCGGGGCAACGCGUUUUUCGCCGGCGAUUCGCGUUUCUACGUUCGCGGUGUCGCCUACCAGCCAGGUGGUGCGGCUGAUGCACAAGACCCUCUGCUCGAUCUUGAGUCUCUCGAGCGCGAUGUCGCCAACUUCAAGGAGCUCGGCAUCAACACGAUCCGUGUUUACACGAUCGAUAACUCCAAGAACCACGACGCGGGCAUGAAGAUGCUUGACGAUGCCGGAAUCUACCUGGCUCUCGAUGCCAACACACCGGACUACUCCCUCAACCGUGAGAGCAACGCUACUCUGUACCGAUCGUACAACGACGUGUACCUUCAAAACGUCUUUGCCACGAUCGAGGCAUUCCAUAGCUACAACAACCUGCUCCUCUUUUUCUCCGGUAACGAAGUUAUCAACGAGCGUAACAACACCGGCGCUGCUACCUACAUCAAGGCCGUUACCCGCGACAUGAAGCGCUUCAUCGGCAACAAGUCACCCCGUACCAUCCCCGUCGGUUACUCCGCCGCCGAUGUGUCCGAGAACAUUGAGCAACAGGCUCUUUACUUCAACUGCGGCUCUGAUGAUGAGCGCUCCGACUUCUUCGCCUUCAACGACUACUCUUGGUGUGAUCCUUCUUCCUUCACCCAGUCUGGCUGGGAUAAGAAGGUCGAGCUCUACAAGGACUACAGCAAGCCGAUUUUCCUCUCUGAGUACGGCUGCAUCACCAACCGCCGCGAUUGGGGCGAGGUCGCCGCUCUCUACUCAACUAACAUGACCGGUGUCUACUCUGGUGGUUUGGCCUACGAGUAUACUGUCGAGCCCAACGGCUACGGUCUCGUCGAAGUCGGUUCCGAUGGCAAGAUUGAGCCCAAUGCCGAUUUCGACCGCCUCAUGAAGGCAUUUGCUGCUACCGACAACCCGACUGGCAACGGCGGCUUCAGGUCCACCGGCUCUGCCUCCGAGUGCCCACCCCAGUCUGAGGACUGGGAGGUCAGCUCCAACGCGCUGCCGGCCAUGCCCGCAAAUGCUGAGCAGUACAUGGACGACGGUGCCGGUCCCGCUGUCGGCCUUGAGGGCGAGGGCUCUCACUUCGCCGGUGAGCCUUCCGAGUCCACUGCUACUGCUGGAUCCGGUGCGCCUACCCGAUCUGCCAGCUCGAGCGGUAGCAGCGGCAGCAGCGGUGCCUCGCAGGGCGCUGCCGCCGGCAUGGAGGUACCUUUCAAGAUGAUGGGAGUAGUCGGUGCCGGUGUUCUGUUCGGCGCGGCACUCCUGUUCUAAGCUGAACCAUGCAUGAAUGGAGGGUAGUGACUUGGAUGUGAGCAGAAAUACCCGUAAGAAAUGAUAGAGGUGCGCUUUACUUUGUUGGAGUUUUCUUCUUCUGAUGCAAGAACAUAUUGUACUUGUACAGAUCAGCUAUACAUUCUUCUCAUAGUCAAUCAUUGCGUGGCGCUUUGCUGUCUACCUAUGAACUUU